AUGCAGAGCAACGCGGCACAAAGGUGGCUUUCUCAGAACCAGGGCGGGAAAUAUGACCUCGAGAAACGAUCAAGGCGUAUCGCAGUCCAUUUGGUGCGUGCUGGCAUAGGACGAGGACAAUUCGUAUCUAUUGUCCUGGGAAGAUGCCUCGAGGCCGUCGAGAGCGUACUCGCGAGCACGCGAGCAGGUGCGGUGGGCGUUCCCCUGGAUCCACGCUCGCCGUCCGCCGAACUGUCCAAUGUUCUGCACCACUGCGAAGCGCGUGCCAUCAUUACCGAUAGCCGCCACUUGAGCCAGGUGCGAGCCGCCGCUCAAGGAGGACGACGAUUAAUUAUCGUGGUGUCUCCACCAGAUGUUGCCGUUCCCGAAGGAGAUUCAGACUUUGUGCGGUAUCAAGACUGGGCCGACGAUGACGAGUGCACGACCUCAGAUGUCAACAUAGACGAGGACCUUGGGUUCGAGCCAGCUUUCCUGCACUACACAUCAGGGACGACAAGCUCACCCAAGGGGGUGCUAUCCAGCCAGCAAAGCUGGCUAUGGUCAGCCAACAGCUUUGCUUCGGCUUUCGGUUUGACAGAAGAGGACCAAUUAUUCUGGCCUCUUCCCUUGUUCCACUGCCUUGGCCAUGCGCUGUGUAUCGUCGCCACAGUAGUCGUGGGCGCCAGCGCACAUCUUACCGACCCCAACGCCACGCUCUUUGAUAGCCUCUUUUCCAAGCAGGCUCUGACAGCCACGAUAAUUGUCGGCGCACCCGCAUCCUACCACGAGAUUGUUGCCGCAGCAUCCACAUUGACAGCCUCGCUGGCUUUGUCCAGCUUGCGAGCGUGUAUGGUUGCUGGAUCCUCCACACCCGCAGAUCUAAGCGCCCAGGUCCAGGAAUUAUUCGGGGUCCCGCUCCUGAAUAACUAUGGGUGCACAGAAGCAUGUGGUGCCAUCGCUGUGAAUAAGCCAGGCGAUUUAUAUCGCGAAGAUUCAGUCGGAACAAUAGUCCCAGGCACGGAGGUGCAGCUGAUGGGCUCAAAUGGAAACAAAGUUGAUGGCAGCGAGGAAGGCGAGGUCUGGAUCCGCAGUCCCGGUCUUAUGAUCAGGUACCUUAAAGAGACCGAGACGCCAUUUACAGCAGAGGGCUGGUUUCCCACUGGAGACAUCGCACGCCGCUCGAAAACGGGAUCGGACCUGACUUUAGUUGGGCGGAUGAAAGAACUGAUCGUUCGAGGUGGUGAGAACAUCCAACCCAGCGAGCUGGAGCGGGUGCUGCUUCAAUGUCAUGGUGUCGCAGAUGUCGUUGUGGCAGGCAUCAAACAUCGCUUACUCGGGGAGACACCUGCCGCCUUUAUUGUGCACGAGAGGUACGGAACUGCACCUGACGGAGAAAAUGCUGUGGAACUCGACCCAUCGACGCUUCUGGCUGCGUGUCGAAAAUUCCUACCUGAAUGCAAGGUGCCCACAGCCUUCUAUGAGAUCGACGCUGUACCUCGAACUCUCCUAGGCAAACCGAGACGCUCGGCUUCCUUCGAGACCGACUAUCCAGCCUCACUGGGUUGGACCUCCCCACGACCCUCGUGUUUGACUACCCCCACCCCGGAAGCAGUGAGCGCAUAUCUUUACAGACGGCUGUUCGAGCCAGGAACACCAUCAUCUCUGCGAACACCAACACCAGAAUCUUCGAAUGUGGACAGUGGGGUCGAGCCAAUCGCCAUUGUGUCGAUGGCCUGUCGGUACCCUGGAGGUAUCUCAUCACCGGAGGAUCUGUGGCGUGUUGUAUCUGAGGGAGUGGAUGUGACCUCUGAAUUUCCAGAUGAUCGCGGCUGGAACCUCGACGCCCUGUAUAAUCCCGACCCCGACGCACCCGGCACCUCAACGACGCGGCGCGGCGCUUUUCUCGAGAACAUGGCCGAUUUUGACGCCGGGCUCUUCGGCAUGUCACCACGGGAGGCCCUUGCCACAGAUCCACAACAGAGGCUGUUGCUAGAGACGACAUGGGAAUUGGCGGAGCGAGGCGGCAUAGCUCCCUCAUCACUCCGUGGGAGUCAGACCGGGGUUUUUGUUGGAAUUAUGUAUGGCGACUAUGGAGACAACGGCAAAGAUAAUCACGGCCUAUCCGCGGACGGCCGGUGCCGCGCGUACUCCAGUGAUGCGGACGGCACCGGCUGGUCCGAAGGCGUGGGCCUCGUACUCCUCGAACGACUGCAAGACGCAAGGCGCAAUGGACAUGGCGUGCUCGGCGUGAUUCGUGGCUCUGCUGUAAAUUCGGACGGUGCUUCGAAUGGACUCACGGCGCCGAGCGGACCUGCGCAGCAGCAGGUCAUCCAGACAGCACUGGCUCAGGCGGGGCUGUCGCCGGCGGAUGUGGACGUCCUCGAAGGCCAUGGUACCGCAACACCUCUGGGAGAUCCUAUAGAGGUGCAGGCCUUGAUUUCAACUUAUGGGAACGGCGGCGAUGGCACGCGCCGCCCUGAAUCGAGGCCGUUGCUUCUGGGAUCGGUCAAGUCCAAUAUCGGACACACGCAAGCUGCGGCCGGUGUGGCAGGACUCAUCAAGAUGGUGCACGCCAUCCAAAAUGGCGUCGCUCCGGCUUCAUUGCACAUCACCGAGCCCUCAAGACAUAUCGAUUGGGAAGGCAGUGGCGUACAACUUCUCACCAAUGCCAAGCAGUGGCCAGUCAUUCCGUGCGAGAGGGAUGGGAUUCCAAGACCAAGACGUGCUGCAGUCUCAUCGUUUGGCAUAGGCGGUACAAACGCGCAUGUAAUCCUGGAGCAGCCUGUCGAGCAUGACAACGAACGAACGCAAGGUUUCUUUGGGAAUCCUACCCCUCCCACAACGCCGAUCAAGAGAAACUGGACGUUCCCAUGGCUUCUAUCUGGAGCAGACGAAGCUGCUUUACGUGCACAGGCGCAGGCGUUGCUGGCAUCGAAAACAGUUUGCAGCCAUGAUCCUUCUGACAUUGCGUUUUCCCUUGCAACCACACGAUCUACCCUUCGAUACAAAGCUGCAGUGACUCCUGCUCUGGGAGGCAACUAUGAGGCCGCACUCGCGUCAUUGGCCCAGGAUCAACCGCACCCCGAUGUUGUGACGGGAUCAGGAUUUUCAAAUGGACAAGCGAGCACCACCAAACCUCGCCUGGCAUUCCUGUUCUCCGGUCAGGGCGCCCGACUUCCCGGCAGGGCUGCACUGGAGGAGCUCUGUGCUGCCUUCCCCGUGUUCUCAGAUGCGUUCCGAGGGGCUUGCGAUGAACUGGACCCGCACCUGGAUAUGCCAUUGGAUUCAAUCUUGAGGAGAAACGAGGGAAGUGACAGUGUCGCUCACGUAGACCGCACCGACUUCGCCCAAGCUCUUCUCUUCGCAUUCGAGGUGGCCAUGUUCCGCCUUCUCGAGUCGUUCAAUAUCCACCCCGACUUCGUCACUGGCCAUUCCCUCGGAGAGAUUGCGGCAGCACGCGCCUCCGGGGCUCUAUCCCUCCGCGAGGCCGCCAUCAUCGUGACUGCAAGAGGCAAACUCAUGGCCGCUCUGCCUAGCAACGGUAUCAUGGUGAGCAUCUCCGCCAGCGAGGAUGAAGUUGCCGAGGAGCUAUCACGGCACAAGCAAGAACUGCGGGGUGGUCCAGUGACCAUUGCAGCUGUGAACUCAAAGAGCUCGGUCGUCGUGUCUGGCACGACAGAGGCUGUGAAGACAGUUGCAGACAGGUUUGAGGGCUUAGGACGAAGAGUCACCCAGUUGCGGAAUGUUAGGCAUGCCUUUCAUUCCCCGCUGAUGGAUCCAAUGCUGGCCAACCUUGAGGCAGAACUGACUCCAUUAAUGGAAGGUGGACGAAAAGCGACGAUUCCACUUGUUUCCAGCGUUACUGGCAGCCGAGCUGAAACAUCUCAGCUCAAGUCCACGGCACACUGGACUCGCCAUGUGCGCCAACCUGUUCGCUUCGCUGACGCCGUGGCCGACCUUCAAAAGGAAGGCGUCUCGGUAUUUGUUGAAGUUGGUCCGUCUGCAGUCCUCUCCACACAUGUGCCGGGCUCCAUCGCCACAUCCACCCAGGUCAACAAGCUGCUGGACACGCUGGGACAGCUCUGGGUGCGAGGCGUACAAAUUGACUGGCGAGCUGUCUUCAAAGACACUGAGGCAAAUCGUACGAUUGUUCCAGCCGCGGCGCUCACCGAACUAGCCUUGCGAGCCAGCAGGGAAUGCACCAGGACAGGCGAGUCGAUGAUACUGGAGGAGUUCACCUUUGUCGCCCCGCUGGAAUUGAACCCAAAGGAUGAUGCUGGGUUAGAUAUCCAGGUACUUAUGGGAGAGCCAGAAGAGCACGGAAUUCGGAGUGUCGACAUUUAUUCACGCCCCAAAGGGGGCCCGACACAACACGAAUGGACACGACACGCCACUGGUACCCUCAAGCUGGCGUCGCUGUCCAACACCGACGUCGAUGAACCCAUCGAUAACGCAGUGUCUAUUGGAGACGAAGAUGUAUGUGAGGGUGAAAAACAACUGGCAGAUGUUUCCAGAGCAUACGAUGUACUGGCAAGCGCGGGCAUCGGUUAUGGGCCAUCUUUCAAGCGCGUGCGUGCCGUCUGGCGUCCGCAUGCUGACGGUAAGGACAAUAACGAGCUGAGAGCAUAUAUCGACUGCCCUAAGAGCCAGAGCCAGAAAUAUGCCCUGCACCCGGCCAUGCUCGAUGCCGCACUGCAUGCCUCCCUACUUGCAGCGCCAGACGCAGCUGCUGGCAAAAUCCGGCUGCCAUUCCUGCUCCGAGGUGUGCGAAUCUCUGCGGCCAGUGGCACUGGCCCAGUUAUAGCACGAAUACGCGAGCUUGGGGAGAAUAAAUUCUCUGUAACCAUCACAGACAAGUCGACGGGCGCGCUGAUCGCUGAGGUGUCUGAAGUAGUCACCCGCUCCAGGACAGGGCCAGCUGCUGCUGGCCCUGCAACAGGCGAUCUUUACCGCCUUGAAUGGAUCAGACCAGCCCAGGUCAACACCAGGGGAGAGUCGACGGCCUCCCCACAUCAAGCCGAUGAGCUAUACCGAGUCCGUGGCGCUCGCGACGAUGGAAGGAUAGCAAGCAAAGACAUGAUUCAGAACGGUGUCCACGAGGCUGUCGCCCAAGUGCUUGGUGUGAUACGGAAGUGGAGUGCCGAAAACGCAUACGAUGGCGGACGCCUCGUCGUCUUGACCGAGAAUGCGUCAGGAGACUCUGAUCCAGACCUUGUUUCUGCUGCCGUAUGGGGUUUUGCCCGCUCUGCGCAAGCAGAGUUGAGCGGGGGCCGGAUCGUGCUCGUCGACUUGGACGGGUCCCCCGAAUCAGAAGCCGCUUUAUUGCCGGCGCUCUCCUCCACGGAGGAAGUCUUUGCCAUGAGAAGGGGAAAAGUCAUGAUUCCAAGGCUGAACAAAAUCCCCCUGGCCGCAACUCAGGCACUGAUAUCACCAGAGACUUCUGCUUCCGCUUCAACGCUCGAUGUCAGCGGAACUGUAUUGAUCACGGGCGGAACGGGAGGACUAGGUGCUCUGCUCAGUCAACAUGUCGCCCGUGUCUACGGAGCAAAAUCUCUGCUCCUGGUGAGUCGUUCAGGCAUGAAGGCGCCAGAAGCGCCCAAGCUGCACGACUACCUAUGCAAUGCAGGCGUAGUCGUGCAAAUUGAGGAAUGCGAUUGCAGCGACCGCGAGCAACUGGCCACACUCUUCGGAAAUAACAGCAGCCAAGGCCGCCCGCCCGUCAGCGCAAUCAUCCACUGCGCAGGCGUAGUAGACGACGCAGUCCUGAGCUCCCAGACCCCAGAACGAGUAUCGCGUGUCCUCCGUCCAAAGGUUGACGCCGCCUGGCUCCUGCAUGAGCUCGCACCAGCGACGGUCCGGUCAUUCGUACUGUUCUCGUCAUUCGUGGGCAUCCUUGGAAACGAGGGCCAGGCUGCCUACACCGCAGGCAACACUUUCCUCGACGCGCUGGCCCGGCUUCGCGUUUCCCGUGGGCUGCCCGCCUUGUCGCUGGCAUGGGGCCCUUGGCUGAACGAGGUCGGGAUGGCCGCUGAGAACAGAUUGAAGGCGCACAAUCCCCGGCUCGGUAAUGCGAAGCCGCUUGGGGACCGGCAAGGACUACAAUUGUUUGAUAUGGCGAUGCAGAGGUCGACUCCACCACAGCCGGUCAUGGCGCCGCUGCUCGUUGAGGGACCACUCCCACUGAUGUCAGCGGGUACCGGUACGGCAUCUAAAACGAAGUUAUCCAGCCAGAGCGGUGCGGCGAAGUGGCUUACAAAGCUUGAAGAAAUGCCACCGGAGAAGCGUGAUGAUGAACUGUUGAGCCUGGUGACAGGUGAGGUCGCUGCGGUGCUUGGAUAUCCGGACCAAAAUCUACCGGAUCGACCACUGGCAGACCUUGGCUUCGACUCCUCCACGUCAGUCCUGCUCAGCAAUAGGUUACGGAGAUUCAUGGGAUUGCUUGAUCUUCCCGUUACACUGGCACUCGAUUAUGAAACGCUUCCAGCAAUGGUGCAGUACCUGGCCGGUCGGCUAGACAUUGCUCGGCUCGGUAUAGAACCAGAAGCUGAGGCUCGGAUUCAGGGCCCUACCACCGAGGAGGAUAUCGCAGCCACAUCACCAAAAUCCGCCACGGAUGAACACGACACGGAAUAUACCACAGAUGACAAGCAAGAACAAGAGAAUAAUCACGUUUCCAUUGGGGAAUUCCGUGGGUUGACUGCACUUUACACGCGGCUGUGCAAGCUCCAGCAGUACACUGCAGCAGACGGACUCCUGGGAUGCGCCUCCUGCGCACUGCCGAAGUUCAGAAUUGGACAGAACAUGGCGAGUUUCGCGGCGGCUCCCCAGCGACUCACGAAUGGUGCCUCAGGUUCUCCCAGUCUGCCUUUGCCGCUGGUAUUUCUCCCGUCUUUUCUUCCGCCCAUUGUUGCCAAGGGAUUCAGGGGCAGUGCUUACAGUGCACUGGCAAGUGAGAUGAAGGGAGAGAGGGACGUCUUCGAGCUCCCACAUCCAGAAGGGCUGGCUGUGCCGCAGGACCUUGAAAGCCUUGCUGCUGUGCAUGUGAGCACUAUACAAGAGCACUUUGCGGGCCCGAUUGUACUCGCUGGUUAUUCUGCCGGGGGCGUCGUUGCACACGCCGUGGCUACCAGACUGUCCGAAGAAUGCCAUAGUGGAAAAGGAAGCAGGGUCCAGCUGGCAGGGUUGGCCCUGAUUGACACAUACCUCAACAUGGCGGGGAGAGAAGAUCCAGAAUGGCUGAACGCGCUACCAGCCGAGGCCCUCACGGCACGCAACGGAGGUCUCCUGCACAUGGUUGGAGACUCUGACCUGGCACUAGCCAAGGUCGGCGGGUAUUUUAAGACGCUCCAGAACUUGAAGCCUCGCCCUCUGCCUGUCGCGUUGCCCACGCUGUUCUUGCGGGCCCAGUACCCUACGUCUAACAUGCCCAAGGGCGAGGACGAAUGGCGGCCCUCUUGGCCAGGAGCUGAUGUCACCGUCGAUAUACCUGGAAGCCACCUAGAGCUCCUCGACAAACGCUGCGCACCAGCCUCCGCCGCUGAGAUUCGACAAUGGAUAGGGGAUGUGCUGUCUGAAGUCGGAUGGAGGCAACCUCACCAUGAAGUUCUCACAUGA